UAAAGCGACAAGCACCAACAAGAAAGUAACGACUUUGAAUGGCCAAAACCUAUUGAUAUUGAACGUAAGAAAAACUGUUUAAAGAACUUUAUUCAACAUAUGUCGAUGAGUUAUCUGCAAGUAGGUGUUUGCGGUAUUUGUAAUGUUCGUUGCUACAAACGUGAUUUCUACCAUAUACCGUUCAGUAAAAUACCGUCUAUUGAAUUACUGAAAGUACCCAACGAUUUUUAUGACAUAAUUCCGGGAAUGCAGGAAACGUACCAAUUCCAGUCACAUGAUAAGCUUAACAUGAGUGGUGAUCUUGCCAAGGCGUUGAUUCAGAAAGAAAGAGCAGCAGGUUAGUCUCGCUAGUACGUAAACUAAUACAGUAAAUAAUUUUUUUAAUUAUAGAUACGCAUGCUCAAUCAACAAUGAAUAAACAGGAGUUUACUUAUGUAAACGGUAUCGUUUUUUAUGAAGCAGGAUUGCAUAAAACUGUUGAGAGAAAAAAACGAUAUUCGAUACACUGCGACAUUUGUUCGGAGUGUUGGCCGUCUCUAAUAAAAGGGAAAGUACCGAAAUUUUCGCCUGCCAACAAAAUAUGGGCUGGAGAUGUCCCAGAAGAACUACAAGGACUAACAAUUCAUGAGGAAAAACUGAUCGCUCUUUAGCGGCACAAUGGCUGCAUUGUCAAGUUACAUUCGUCUUUUCAUUCGACAAGUACAGCUCAGUCAGCUUUAAGAAGGAAUUGCAUAAGUUUUCCCCAAGAUGUUAUUAACUUAGCGACUACCUUACCACUAGAUUUAGAUGAUCUAUGUGAUUCUCUAAAGAUAAUCUUUGUUGGAUGUCGUCCUCAUCAACGAAACCAAUUAAAAAAUGUUUUGACCGUUCGAAAAAAGAAAGUUUUCGAAGCACUUCAAAGGCUUAGACAGAAUAAUGCUCUAUAUCGUAAUGUUACAAUUAAUCAAUUAAUAAUCAGCAAAUUACCUGAAGAUGAUGUACCGGAGUGUUUAGGGGCAACCAUGGAAGUUUCUACUAAUGUAGAAGCAGCUGAAAAUGAAAGAGCAAGUUACCUUCCUCAUCCGUUGACCAAUGCAUCUGAAUUUAACAAUACAACAGCUAUACCUAUAAUCUCAAGUGCUGUGUUAGAUGUCAAUAGUACCAAAGCGUCGUCUGAUGAAGUUGCUGAACAUCUUUUAGAACGAAUCAAAGCACAAGUGCCAGAAAAAACACACGGAAAAGACACCGAGCAAAACUCUAAACAAGACACUGUAUACAUAAUUCCUCGUGGCAACAAACCGGCCAAUGAAUAUUCUAAUCCAAAUCUUUUAUUAGAAAUCUUUCCUACCCUAUUCCCAUAUGAAUGUGGUGGGCUUGAGGAUGGUUCUCGACCGAUUCAAAUCAAUUUUCGUGAGCAUCUCAGAUAUCUUCUUUCGUAUGCAGAUCGCCGCUUUGAAGAACACUAUUCAUUUAUAUUCGUUGUCUUCAAUAUUUUACAACGCCGAACAGCAUGUUUCCAUGCCCAAUUAAUGACAACAAGAUCGUGGUUUCAACAAUCUGCACAAGUUCUUAACUCAUUGAGUUCUGAAGAUGUAGCAGCAGCCCUUAUUAAUAUCUCAAAAGCGUCUUAUUCAAAAGUUACUGACGAGAGAAUAAAUACGUUGAUGAAGCACAUCAAAAUUAUUGGUGGUCACGUCAUGGGUUCAGCUCAUUCCCGAUCAGCUCUUCGUACGAAAAUUCAUUCUUUAUGUUUUUAUCUUGGUCUUCCUAGCCUUUUCGUCACAACCAAUCCGGCUGACAUCCAUAGUCCAGUGGCACUUUACUUUGGAGGUGUCGAUCUCGAUCUUGAUAACGUUCUGCCAGAAGUCCUGCGUACAAGUUAUGAGCGUGCUCAAAUUGUCGCGACGCACCCUGUUGCAACUGCAAAGUUCUUCAACUGUUUAAUAAAAAGCAUUUUGAAAAGCCUACUAUUGGGCGGUGUACUUGGUCCUGCAAAAGCGUAUUUCGGCACUGUAGAGAGUCAAGGAAGAGGAUCGCUCCAUUUACAUCUCUUGAUUUGGCUCAAUCAUGAAUAUACUCCAGCACAAUUGAAAGAAAAUAUUCAAAAUCAAGAUUUUCGUGAAAAUUUACUAAAAUAUUUAGAAGAUAUUAUAAAAGAAGAUUUAGAUUCGUUUCGAGAGACUUCAACGCCUUACUACGAUGAACAAGGAGAAAAUAAAAACGAAAUCGAAGAACAAUUUUUAUUAGAACCCACAAAAACCAACAACGGCGAUCAGUAUGUCUUGGUCAAUACUCGUCUUGAUUAUCAGCAUCGAUCAAAGGAUCUUAGUGCAUUGUGUUUACAUGACUUUGUGAGCCAUUUUCACAAGAAGGUUAUCGAUAAAUCGGAUCGUCAUUUACUAAAGAAUGUAACCGAUCCUCAGGGCCAACAAUUACCUACAGAAGGAACGAAAAUGAAUGAACGUCAUACAUUUGACAGCGUACAUCCACAAUCAACAUCUCAUCUCAUAAUUAAACGUUCCAUUCCAGUAGUACCAGUUCUAAUAGGUCCUCAAAUACCUCGCCGCGAACGAGAAGAAACACAUGAACGUUAUUGUCGCGCGUUGUUAACAUUAUUCAUGCCAUGGCGAUCAGUCCAGAACCUUUGUGCACUGAAUGAGACAUGGUCAGCAGCAUUGGAAGCUCGAAGAUUAUUGAUCUCUUUCAACUUGCUUAAGACUAUAGAAAAUAUAGAACUUUUCCACGAAUGCAAACACGAUCGAGAUGAGCACCUUCAUCAAGUUCUUUUAGAAGCCCAAAAUGAAAACAACAUUGACCCUAUUCUGAUGCCUAACUACUAUGAAGGUGAUGAAAAUGCAGACGAAGAUGAUCCGGAACAACUUUUGCAAAUGCUCUCCAUCGUAAAUGAGACCACCACAAACGCUUACUCUGCAUUGACAGUUACUCAAGAACAACGCUAUGUUCAUGAUGCAUUAUAA